AUGUCUGAGACGGUUCCAGCGGCUGCAGCUGGCACUGCUUUGGCUUCUAUGGAGAAUCCCUCAGCCAAGAAGAGAGGGAAGAAACCAGGGGGCAUACCAGAGGCCGCCCCCAAGGCCCCAGGCCUCUCUGUGUCCAAGCUGAUCAUGGAAGCCCUCUCCGUGUCUCAGGAGCGAGCAGGUAUGUCCCUGGCCGCGCUCAAGAAGGCGCUGGCGGCCGCCGGCUACGACGUGGAGAAGAACAACAGCCGCAUCAAGCUGGGCCUCAAGAGCCUGGUGAGCAAGGGGACCCUGGUGCAGACCAAGGGCACCGGCGCCUCGGGCUCCUUCAAGCUCAGCAAGAAGGCUCCUCUUCCUACACCUGCCAAGAGCAGGGUCAAGAGGCCGCCUUCCACCAAGACCAAGAGGCUGGUCUUGUCCAGGGAUUCCAAGUCUCCGAAGGCUGCCAAGACCAACAAAGCCAAGAAGCCCGGGGGUGCAGGCGCACAGAAGGCUGCUUGUAGUGGCAGGAAGGCCAAAGGUGCCAAAGACAAACAGCCCCAGAAGAGCCCAGGCAAGGCCCCCACUGGGAAACCCAAGGCGGCCAAGCCCAGGCUCAACCAGCAGAAGGUCAACCCGCGGAAGGCGGUGUCCAAGAAGUGAGCCAGAGCAAGCCCCCUUAAUGAACCCAAAGGCUCUUUUAAGAGCCACUCCAAGUGCUUUAAAAGCGGCAUGGCACUGAACUUGUAGAAGUUUCUAUACGGUCGCUCAUGAGGUCUCUUAGUAAGAAGUAGAAAAGGUCUUCUAUUUCAAAGUCCUUUGCCUCGUUGAAAAGUGGGUUGCUGCACACUAUAGAGUAGGGCACAUGGCCUUGGGUAACCUCCAUACUUCUCCAGGCAGACUAAUGCUUAAGGUCGAGUAAGGCAUGGAGGUCAGCUCUGCACAAACCAGACUUCUUUGAGUGGUUACGUUGCAGUUCGAUCUUUUAUUUGGUGCUGUUGUACUAAGUAGGAUUUCGUAACUGUCUACAACUUUCUGGGGGUCAGUACCUGGGAAUCAAAUAACGAUUUGGACUGGGGGAUUUUAAGUCCUUGAGGGAGUUUUUCAUUUGGUAAAAAGUAAUAAGUUUACAGUUGAAAGCAUACUGAAAUAACAUCCUCAUUCCCAAAAUACUGUAGUCACAUUUAAG